ACAACGUUGUAUUACUUAGUGCAUGGAUCGCCAAGACCAUGAACCGCUGGUCGCGUUAUAGUAUGAAGUUAUGAAUGUAAGUAAAUUAUGGCAAAUUAUGGCAGUUUAAAACCGAAAAUAAGAAGCUGAAUGGUGCGCCCUCCCGCGUGCAGCAUUCGAUUUGUGGCAGACAAGCUACUGUAACGCUGAUUUCUUGCUGUUGGUACGGGCAAUUUUCUUUACGUGGAAUGCUUCUUUAAUGCACCACACGGCAAGACAGUGCGGCACAUGUACACUUUUUUCUUUACGCCGCUCUUAUCCAACGCGCGUCACAUUUUCCUGUCCCCGUCAACAAGGACAGGUAGGAACUAAUGUUGAUGACAAAUAAAAUCACAGUAGCUGAAAUGUCACGUUUCCCAAACAUAAAAUAAAAAAAUAAAAAGGAAGACUAACUAAGGUUACACUACUACAAUUUAAAAAAGUGAAUAAGGAUGAUCUAGACCAGAGGUCUGCCACCGGUAACACCCACGUUUUAAAUGAAAAAAACAAACACUGGGAGCCGCGGAGGGCGGCAAUAUUAUAUUAUUUGAGAACAUUCAACAUUUGUUUUUUAAUCCAAAGAAGACAUAAAAGUCGGGGCUCAGAGAUCUAGCCGAUGAUAAAACAUUGUCAAGGCAUCGACAAGGACAGCUAACUCGCUUUUCCCUGCUUCAAACAGCUGUUUUAACUGAGAGCAACCCGUGCGGCAUCACCGGUCAAUCUGUAAACGUAUUAAUUUUUUUUUGUAAAUAAAAAUAAUGUUUGCCCUGUUCAAACCUGCACUUCCAUUCAACAGACGGACAUGAAAGAGGGAAUAACGAAAUAAACAGCUGGUUAACUUUGUGGGAACAUGGCUGUAGCUCUGCAAUGACUUUAUGUGGUACAGGUGAAAGCAGGAAUAACGAAAUAAACAGCUGGUUAACUUUGUGGGAACAUGGCUGUAGCUCUGCAAUGACUUUAUGUGGUACAGGUGAAAGCAGUAAUAACGAAAUAAACAGCUGGUUAACUUCGUAGGAACACCUUGUAGUAGGAACUGGUAUAUUUAGAAAACCCAGUAGUCCUAGUGUUAAGGUGUGUGAACUGGGGAGGAGACGGCAACAGCGACGAAAGAGCGACUGAAUAGAGUUGAUGUCUUCCCCGCUGACAGGCGCAUUCAUUUGAUAAUGCACGUAUCUUGGCUGACAGUUCAGUUAAAAACCACACUGAAUCUUUAUUAAACCGUCCCUGAAUAACAAAUAUGAACUGCAGUUUCUUCUUCGAUUAUCCAUGAUUAUUAUGAAAGAAGCGCAAAUCUUCGCCAGUCCAAAUUGUGCAAUUAAUACUGUGUUUACAAUAAAGGUAAUAAAUAAUAAUAUUAGUAUUUUCAUUUUAAAAAGCACUGCAUAUUUUAAACGAAUGUCGAAGUGCUACAAAUAACUUAGACCAGAAAGCUACGAUAAAUACAUACAUUUUUUUUUGCAGAGUAAACAUGUAGAACAAACUACUUGCUGCAUUAAUGAGUCUUAGACCUGCAGCUGAUCACGCCGCCCGAUGCUGCCCAGUCUCUCACAGAGCUUUGUCCCGGAGCUGAGGUAUUUCUCACCUGCUGAUCGAGUAGUAGCAACACAUUAGCAUGUCUAUGCGCCUCUACGAAGGAGGGGGGAGGGGUGUGUAGAUUUCCUUUGCGACUGUGAGCAAACAUGAGACAAACAAAAGCUUGGUCGAACUCAGAUCCAAGUCAUCUGAGUAUGAAACACAUCACAUAUCAUUGGAUCUCGUGUUUCAUUCGAGCGGCAGUCUGGAGCUCUCUGCUAAGACUGCUGCCCCGCGACCCGUCCACGGAUGAGCUUCCAUUAAAAAUUCAAAGCAGUUUUAGCAGUUUGUUUUUCGUUUUUCUCUAAACGAAAAAAACAGCUUAAAAUUCAAGUCCGUGUGUUUUUGUUAAAAAAUAUUUUUGUUCGGUUUAUUGGUUUGUAAUGCGGUGCUUUUAUUCGGGAUAGAUAGACGGAUGGGAAAUCAAAGUUUUGAAACAUACACGGGCCGAAUAAGUCACAUCAGCCACUCAUUCAGUGGACACGCACAGUCAAAACAAAUUCUCGCUACAUCUAGUGCGCCACUCCCCCGUUCCUCUCGUAGCCCGCAUUUGCACAUCCAUACAUUUGUGUAUUGGUCACUCUCUGUCUGGACACAUGACUCCGAAACACGUCACAUGUUUGUGUAAGAGAUUGAUGUCUCCACCAAAUUAUAUGCAGAGGUAACGACAGAACGACUUUUUGUUUUCCGUUUGUCUCUAAACAAUAAAACAUAUUAACUCCAAUUCCGUGUCUUUUUGUAAAAAACAAAUAUUUUUGCCUGUUUUAUUGGUUUGUAAGGCGGUGCUUUGAUUAAAAUCCGUUUGCAGCUCAACGAAAGAGAAACGAAAACGCCGGUGAAAGUGGCUGGAUGGACGGAUGGGAAAUGAAAAUGUUGAAACGUACACGGGUCGAAUAAGUGAUCUCAGCCACUCAGUUACAUUGACACGCACAGUCAAAACAAGUCAAACUGCAGUUCUGCAGACACAGAGUAAACGCGUAGGAACAAACAUGUUGCUGUAAUGCGUCGCUGUAGAUCUGCUGAUUUCUGGCGUCCUGUCAAAAUUACGACCGACAAAUGCUGUAAAACAAAUUCCUAUGAUUAUUACAGUUAUUUACGUAAAAUCUGCGACUAUUGGAAAACAUUCAUUAACAAGUUGUGGAAGUUUAAAACCUAAAUAAGCGGCUGUAGUCGCAGAUGGACUGCGCUCUACGUCUUUACUUGCGCAUUCAAAUUAUAUUAAAUAAACCGCGACGCAUAAUCAUGGUAUUAUGUGAAGUCAAUGUGUUGUAUCGGAUGUUAGAGCGGUGGGUGUGUACAUAUUUUUAAGAGACGCCUUCUAUUUAAAGACACGAAAAAGCUGAGGAGAAUAAAAACAAGAAUGUGUUGCUGCUGUGGCGCUGCCUGUUUUAAACCACACAGAACGAUUAUAACUUCGCAGUGAACAGAAAAUAACUAAGCCAUCAACAAGUUGUUGCCCUUCAUACUCCCCAUGUUUUAGCACACAACAGAUACUUAAUAGUAAAGACUUAAUAGUAAAAUAGGUCUGGUGUAAUAUAUGUGUGUUACAGGUAGAAAUGAACAGUCGGACCUCAGUUACGCUGUAGUGCUUUGGAGGCUUCUAAUCAACGCUGCGCCACCUGGUGGUGAAAAUGAGACUAGCGUCCUGAUUUUUUUCAGCCGGCUGCAGGAUUAAAAAUCUUUAGUCAGCGACGCACUCGCUGCGCCGUGGCGACGCGGCGGUACUGCAGUAAAAACCCUAGUCACUUUGAACCGCUGCCACUGUACCCACAAAUUACCCUAACCAUAUUUGGCAAAAAGGAAAACCUGCCCAUGAGAUUGUUAACAGAGUGUAUCAUUGGAAACAAAAGUGUGACUACAGCUCAAUGACAGUGUGGAAGAGAAUAGCUCUGAACUGGACAACCCAGACUGUGCCCACAGCCCACCUCAGAGGAAAUCAACAAUCAGUGACAGUGUGCUUUAAGUUUGGCAGAGAGACGCUGCCCAUACUGCACGGCUGAGGCCACAGACCAGCUGAUUGUCCACAGAAUGAUUCUGCUGGGGCAAAGUGAUGGGCGAGAGGCCGGCUGGGUUCCAGUACCAGUGUAGAUAACACUGAGGAGGGAGGUGAAUGCACUGACACGCUCCACAAUGAAGAUACACACACGCACGCACGCACGCACACGCAGACGCACUUACUGAUGAUGUCACAGCUAACAGCAAUGAAGAAUGCUUGCUAUGCUUAGACUCAGAAAUGCUCACAGCUAACUGCAAUGAAGAACGCUUGUAACGCUUAGAUUCAGAAAUGAUUUGACAAUGUUUGUCAAAUGUAGAAAAAAAAACAACUUUAUAAGUCAUGUCAGAGACAAUAUUAGACUAAUACACUCAGACCUGAUGCAGAACAAGAAAUUGCACUCGUCAUAGACUCCCUGUUAAGAACUAAGAUUGAUGACUAAGGAUGAUGACUCUCCUUGCGAUACUCCCAUAUUCCCAGUAAAGAAAGCUCCCACUUCCACUGGCUGGAGGAUGGUACAAGACCUUCAAGCUACAAAUAAGGCUGUACAACCAAGAGCAGUCGUGGUACCUGAUCCCUACAUUCUGUUAAAUAAUUUACACCCAGAUAAGCAGAUCUUCUCAGUUAUAGAUAUUAGUAAUGCCUUUUGUAGCAUCCCAUUUCCCCCAGGUUCACAAUUUUGGUUUGCGCUUACUUACAAAGUUCAGCAAUACACAUAUACCAGGCUACAAUAAGGUUUUUGUAAAAGCCCGACUAUUUUCUCAGUGUAUGCCAGCAAAUCUUGCUAAAUUUACACCCCCACACAGUAGUCAGAUAUUACUGUACGUAGAUGAUGUUCUGGUAGCGUCACAGACUGAAGUGCAGUAAAGAUACUGUAGCGCUUCUUUCAUUUCUGGCAGAGAACAGUCACAAGGUCAGUAAAAACAAACUGCAAUUGUUGAAGAAAAAACUUAAAUAUUUAGAACAAAGUGGACAAAACUUGAUCUAAAUAGAGUUUUCAAAAGUAGAGAACCUAGACCAGAUUUACAGGACAACCCAAUACCUGGUUCUGUAUUUGUCUUUGUGGAUGGACCAAGCACAAAGUCUGAAACUAGAAAAACGCAGAGUGGCUGUGAGGUUCUGACUGAUAGUGAGACCUUGAAGGCAGAACUGCUACCCCCACACUACAGAGCACAAGCAGCACAAAUAAUUGCACUGACAGAGACAUACAAACUCAGGUCAGAUAGUUACCAUCUAUACUGAUAGCAGAUACGCACAAUGAACUAUUCAUAUAUUUACCAGUCAAUGGGAAAAUACAGGCAUGAUGACAUCAACAGGAAAGACUACAUCCAGCCAUUUUCUAUAUCGCUUAUUCCCUAAUGCGGGGUCACGGGGGUGCUGGAGCCUAACCCAGCUGACUAUGGGCAAGAGGCAGGGUACACCCUGGACGGGUGGCCAGUCCAUCGCAGGGAAACACAUAGACAGACAACCAUUCACACACACACUCACACCUACGGGCAAUGGAGAGAGUCCAAUCAACCUAAUGCACGUCUUUGGACUUUGGGAGGAAGCCGGAGAACCCGGAGACACGGGGAGAAGGUGCAAACUCCACACAGAAAGGCACCAGGGCCGCCUCCGGGAAUCGAACCCAGAACCUUGCCAUGUCUCAACGGAGGAUGGUAUGGAUAAAAAACAAAUACUAUACUGCUUAUGCAUUUACAAAUUAUUCUAAAAAAUUUGUUCCUGAUGCAUCGCAUGCGCUAAAUAUAAACCUCAAGGAAAUAUUCGACAAACCAAUUCAACAAUCCCUCCAAUGCCUUCCUUAUGUCAAAGGUGUAAAAACAUCACAAGAAAUGUUUUUCUGAAAAUGCUUUUCAAGAUGUGCCUUGUCCACAGGAGGGACCACUGCAGGUUGGUGACUGGGUGUUCAUCAAAGUCAUAAAGCGCAAGAACUGGACCCCACCCCGACGGGAGGCCCACACAGAGUGACGCUGACAACACCUACAGCCUGCAAAGUCAAAGGCAUCUCUGGGUGGAUACACAACACACACUGCAAAAGACAACAGGUACAGGCAACCAAGUAGUAUUGUCCGUGAGAAAAAAACCCAACUGAGGGAGGGGAAAAGUCUGCCUACAAAGGAAGCAACAUUUAGAGCACUGGUCGUCUCAACGGCAGUGAAGAAAUCAGCGGUACCUUCUCUCACUUAGGGGACAUUCUCAUAAGGAGAUACUAUGAGGGGACACUGUCCAGCCACGGGAGUUGUACUAACUGCCCUUGUACUGUUGAUUGAUGCUAGGCCACUCCCAAACCUCAAUGAGGAUGAGGAGAGACCUCCUGAUCAAUAUCACGUUAACUUGUGGUAUUGUUACCAAGACAGAGCACUCUUAACUUUACUGGUUCAGUGUGUCUCUUAUUAUGAUGGCCCUGAUUUCAUGGGGACCCUCCCACAGUCUUAUAUCAACUAUGUUUGUGGACACACAAUCUAUGUGCAUCUUCCACCCAAUUGGGUAGGAUGCUGUGCUCCUGUUUAUGUUUCAGAUGGCUCCUACGUGAUAACACCACAGCAGACGACUUCCAAGAGACUGCUACGGAAGCGAGAGAUCGACCUGAAGGAAAGUGAUCGGAUCUGGGGAUCAGUCGUUCCAAUGGACAAGAAGCUCUGGACUACAGGCCAGAAAGUGGCACUAUCCCUAUUUCCAUGUUUGGGGGUAGGAAAAAUUAUGCUAAGAGUUGAAACCAUAAAUUACUGUAUGACCCUGUUCUUCAAUGUCACGGUAACGGCCCUUGCCAGUAUAGAUCGUCGUCUCACCGCCCUAACACUCCGUGAGUUACAGGACUGCCUGGUGUUAGAGCUGCUCACUGCAAGCCGAGGUGGAGUGUGUGCAAUAGUGGGCCCCAAGUGCUGCACAUACAUUCCAGGAGACAACCAAGACGCAAAGGUCACCCAACAGGCACUCCAUGACCUACAGCACAUAUCCAACGUGCAGGCGGCUGAUGUAGUGAAAGACAAAUCCUGGUUUGAUUGGUUUAGGUCUGGCACAUGGACUGACAUUCUGAUGAAGAUUUUUGGACCGAUUCUACUGAUUCUUUUGGUUCUGAUGCUGAUUGUGUUGUGCGUAAUUCCCUGUUUGAGGGCCAUGAUCAUCAGGCUGGUGAAUCAAGGCCUUCUCAGGGUGUGCGCAGUCAUCCACUCUCGGCAAAUACACAUACACCUUUGAAGCUCGAUAACUGUGAAGAGGAUCUCCACGAUGUCGACGGAAAUGGACGCUAAGCUGUACAUAUUGUGCUUCUGUGCUUUUGACCCUGCCUACGAUGUUGUAACAUUUAUUUCAUGUUUUAUGAUGACUGCACUGAAAAUCGAAAGAAGUUGUGCUGUUCUGAUGUAUGCAUGAUUGUUUAAUAAAUGUUUCAAUGUUAAACAGGAGGGAAAUGUUGGAGAAAUACUGCAUUUAAUCAUUGAAACAUUGUUGGAAUUCAUUUUGCUGAUCUGCUCAAGCCUUGUUAGCUGUGCUAUAGCCUUGAAGUUUUCUCCCUUCUGCUCUGCUAGAAGUAGGGAGUACCGGUGUGUAGCAUCCUUAUCUGAUGAGCCCAAUGCUUGCUUUGUGCAGGAAAAUUUUCCCACGUUCUGUGUGACGAAUGCAAUGCAAUACAUAUUAUGAGCUGAAUCCCUGUCUUCUCUUCAGUGAGAGGAAGUUGCCUUUGCUGUAAACUGCUCACUCCUUGCAAGUAAAAUCCUGAAGAAGGUCUCAACUGAUUGUGUCUGCUUUAUUUAAGA